GAGGAGGAGGAGGAGGAGGACAGAAGGGGGUGGAGCGGUUAGGGAGAGGGCUCCACUACACCCCUCUACCUAUGCUGAACCCCAGACGCAGAGGAACGGGGAUCCUCUCCUCCCUCAUGCCCCCUUCAGUCGGGGAACGAGGGACGGGAGGGAUGACUGAAGAGGAGGAGGGAUAUUUUAUACUUCCGUGUAUCAACAUGGGUCCAGGGUUCCAGGCUGAGCUGCCAUGUUGUCUAGAGAGGGAGGAAGAGUCCAGGACAUGGCCAGAGGAAUCAUCAUCCAAUGAGGAGUUGCUCUGGAAACCAUGGGAGGAGCUUGGGAAGAGUUCUGUCAUCCAGGACCAAGUGGCGGCAAUGUUGUCUGUGUGUAGUUCUAGCUGUCUACCAGGAGGGGGCAGCAACACAGAGCUGGCCCUACACUGUCUCUACCUCUGUCAAGGCGAUACACCCCUCACCCCUACACUCUGA